CGUGGCCGUUUUCGAAUGCUCAAGUGCCAAGGAAAUUGGAAGAAGAAAAGGGUUUUAGCUGAGUUGCUCUGUUCUCCGUUGGCGCCGAAUUAGUUUACAAAAAUGGAGAUUGAUUCCGAUGUCAAAAACACCUCCCUUACUCUCAUAAAGCAAGGCGCUGAAGCUAGAAUUUUCGAAUCAACUUUCGCCGGAAGAAAAUCAAUCAUUAAGGAACGCUUCUCUAAGAAGUAUAGGCAUCCAUUGUUAGAUUCCAAGCUCACUCUUAAGCGCCUAAAUGCUGAAGCGAGGUGCAUGACCAAGGCUAGACGGCUUGGGGUUACUACUCCGGUUUUGUAUGCUGUUGAUCCUUUAUUGCAUACUCUCACUUUUGAGUUUAUUGAUGGCUGUGCUGUCAAAGAUAUUCUUCUUGAAUUUGGGUUACACGGUAUUGUGGAGGAACGAUUGGAUGAUAUCGCAACGCAGAUUGGUGAUGCGAUUGGGAAAUUACAUGACGGUGGACUUAUUCAUGGUGAUUUGACCACUUCUAAUAUACUGAUUCGUAAUGGUACUAAUCAAUUGGUUCUCAUUGAUUUUGGUUUGAGCUUUACGUCGACCCUUCCUGAAGAUAAGGCAGUGGAUUUGUAUGUGCUGGAACGAGCAUUGCUCUCUAUGCACUCUUCAUGUGGGAAUGUGAUUGAUCGCAUACUUGCCGCGUAUAGAAAGUCCUCAAAGCAAUGGUCAUCCACAAUGAACAAGCUUGCCCAAGUUCGUCAAAGGGGUCGAAAGCGCACCAUGGUUGGAUAAGCAUUUUUCAACCAAUUGUUCUGGACGAGCGAAACUGAAAGGGACUUCUGUAAUUUAUUUGAAAGGUUUGAUGUUGUUUGUUGAAUUGAUUGAGAUUAGGACUAGAUUUGUAGAAUUAUCUGCAUAUUGCAGCUGUAACUUAUGCAGUGACCUAGAGUUAAGUUUUAUGUGGGUUGAGAAUUCCUGAAAAUUCACCAUUAGAUGAGUUGAAGUACGGAAAUUGAACCGUCAUUUAUAGAUGCAUAAUGGCAGUUUCAGUGCAAGUGUCAUGUGUAGAUACUGUUAACAGUGCUGGAUGCAGAAUAUCUAUUGAACUUCAAUUUUGUGGAA